AUAUUACUCCGUUUCGCUUUCUCAGCCGACGCAAACGACAGCAGACCAGCAGCAGCAACAGUGCAGCCCACCACCCCUCCACCCACGUCUGCCCGCAUCCUGCAUCCAAAAAAAGCCCACCACCGCCGACCGCUUUCGCUGACUUUUGCCCCUCACAACAACAGAACAUAGCAUUUGCGCUUCGGCGAUCGACCAUCUUCUAGAUACCCCAAAUCACAAACCACAUCCAAAAUGGCUCUUAAGCGCAUUAACAAGGAGCUCACUGAUCUCGGCCGUGACCCGCCCUCUUCCUGCUCUGCCGGCCCCGUCGGCGAAGAUCUGUUCCACUGGCAAGCGACGAUUAUGGGACCCGGCGACUCUCCCUACUCUGGCGGCGUUUUCUUUCUCGCCAUCCACUUCCCUACCGACUACCCCUUCAAGCCUCCCAAAGUCAACUUCACCACUCGCAUCUACCAUCCCAACAUCAACUCGAACGGCAGCAUUUGCUUAGAUAUUCUGCGUGACCAGUGGAGCCCGGCGUUGACCAUCUCCAAGGUCUUGCUGUCCAUCUGCUCAAUGCUGACGGACCCCAACCCCGACGACCCCCUGGUGCCCGAGAUUGCACACGUCUACAAGACGGACCGCGCCAGAUACGAGGCCACUGCUCGCGAGUGGACUCGCAAGUACGCUAUUUAGACGGUGCUCGAGGCAUGAUGGUUGGACGAGUAUGACAGGCGACGGCUUUCCUCUCUCUCUUCGACAGCUCUGGCGUACGAUUAGGUCAUGGUCAUUGCUCUGCGUUGCGGUUUGGGGAUCUCUUUCGUUUCACCAGCACACAGAAGACGGUUCAGCCAUCGAAACAAAACACUUGACGGCGGAUUGGCAUUCUCGAGAAGAGGUUACGCGGGCAAUGUGAAUAGAAGGCGGACCGAUCAAACAGUUAGCAGCACAGGUACCACGUACGGGUUUUCAUACGGCAAGGCUUCAUGUUUCUACUGCAUUGACGCUGCAUUGCUGCGUACGUU